GUGUCUUAUUUCUCACACCACUCAUCAUGGCUUCAUUACCACCCUCUCUAUCCUCCCUCCUCUUUCUUACCCUAGCUUUGAUUCUCAUUUCUAUUUCACCCUCACUUUCUACACCACGUCAACCUCUUGAUGAUCAUCAAGAUCAACAGAUGAAAACUGGUUUCAAAAUUACUCUAAACCACAUUGAUUCAGGUGGAAACUUCACUAACUCCGAACGUUUAUAUCGGGCAGUAAAGCGUUCCAACCGAAGGCUCCAAAUGUUUUUAACAGCUAAACAUCCAAAACUCAAGACCACGGUUUAUGCUCCUGCUGGAGAGGCCGAAUACCUUAUGAACUUUUCGAUAGGUACCCCGCCAAAGUCAUACUACGGUACAAUGGAUACCGGCAGCGACCUCAUAUGGACUCAAUGCCGGCCUUGUCUAGAGUGUUUUUCUCAGCCCGACCCGAUAUUUGAUCCCAAAAAAUCCUCCUCUUUUUCAAAUGUGUCGUGCUCCAAUAACCUUUGCCAGGUGCUGCCAAAAUCACAAUGCAACGCGUACAAUGGGUGCGUGUAUUUGUAUGAUUAUGGAGAUGGUAGUUUCACGGCAGGUUAUUUAGCCACCGAAACCUUUACUUUCAAGAAGGUCUCGGUACCGAACGUAGCGUUCGGUUGUGGUAUAUUUCAAUUCGGACCGGAAUCCGGCGAUGGCCUGGUAGGCCUCGGACGCGGACCCUUGUCGCUCGUCUCCCAGUUGGGUGAACCCACGUUCUCAUAUUGCUUAACUUCCUGGCUUGGAAGUAAACACAGUACCCUUUUGAUAGGCUCCCAUGCAAGUGUGAAUGGGAAGAUCAAAACCACCCCGUUGAUUCAAAACCCAUUAAUGCCCACUUAUUACUAUCUUUCUCUCGAAGGAAUCACAAUUGGUAGCACUAGGUUGCCCGUAAACAAAACAACUUUUGCUCUCAAUGCUGAUGGGUCUGGGGGCCUCAUCAUAGACUCGGGCACGCCGGUUACACGUUUGGCGGAAAGUGCUUAUACUCUUGUCAAGGAAGUGUUCAUCUCUCAAGUAAAGCUUCCGCAAUUCAAUGGACGUAACUCCUUCGACCUUGAUCUUUGCUUCAAGUUGCCAUCCGAUCCUUCUGAUCGUGUGGAGAUACCCCCACUGGUAUUCCAUUUUAUGGAUGCAGAUUUAGAUUUACCGACGGAAAACUAUAUGAUCUUUGAUUCAGGUAUCAUGUGUUUGCUCAUGCUUGGUUCAGGUGAUACUUCCUCCACAUUUGGGAGUAUACAGCAGCAAAACAUCCUGGUGGUGUAUGACAUAUACAAGGAAAUCCUAUCAUUUAUACCAACGGAGUGUGACAAGUUUUGAGCUCUUCUAUUAGUUGAGCUAAAAACUUGUAUGGCAAUGGUUGUUUGUAGCGUUGCCAAGUUUAUCAUGUGUUUGGCCAUGGUAGUUUGUAGCGUUGCCAAUUCUCUCUCUGUAUUAAUGUGGUGUGGUCAGUGUGUGCGAUGGCGGGUUUCUCCCUGGAACCUAUAUAUUUUAAAUAAACUCACUGUUUUCAUAAAA